UGCAAGAAGAAGGAUGACUGCAUAUUUUCCUAGAAUCUGCUUUGCCUCUUUUGACUAUGCCAACAAGCCCAACAUUAGCUGCACUUCUUGCAGAUGAAAGAGGGCAGGUUGCAGGUGCUCAUGUUGUGGUUUGUGGUGCAGUUUUGUAAAUGUUUUUGAAAGAGCACAAGUACAACGGUUUCUCCCCCAAUGGAUUAGUGUUUCAGUGUCAGUCAGACACAGAACAUGUACUAUCUUAGAGAAUAGGCUGUGCGUUGUAGGUUACAUUCAUUCAGCUGUAAAAUACAUUAUUUCUUUUGCUGAACAAGUAGAAAUGGACACCUCAAUUAGCAAUACAUCCGACCCCGUACGAGUCAUCCAGUGGAUCAUCUACAUCCCCACGUUGGUGGUGGGAUUUCCUCUCAACCUGGCCGCUCUGUACCUCCUCCUGUUCAGAAUUUGCAGAUGGACCGAGUCCACGGUGUACCUCACCAGUCUGAUCGUCAACGACAUCCUGCUCCUCUUCUCUCUGCCGUUCAAGAUGUAUGCCUACCAAAAUCUCUGGGGCCUGAGUAUGGGCUUCUGUUCUUUUCUGGAAAGCCUGGUGUUUGUCAACAUCUACGGGAGCAUUGUGUUCAUUGUGUGCAUCUCGGCCGAUCGCUAUAUUUCUCUACAGUUUCCGUUCAGCAAGGGCUUGCGCUCGCCGCGCAAGGCCACCCUGGUCUGCCUGGCCGUAUGGUUGAUUAUAUUCGCUUUCACCCCACCUGUGUAUGAUCUCCACAAAAAAGAAAACAACACAAGCUCGGGAAACGCCAAUGAGACUAGAUGUUUCCAACAGUUCUCCAACAAUACCUGGCAGAAGACGUGGAUCAUUGUCACCUUGGAGAGCGUGUUCAUGAUCAGCACAGUCUCCAUAGUGUUCUUCUCAGUGCGUGUGAUGCAAAUUCUGAGGCAGUUGCGGCGACGGAAUCCACUGGACGAGAAGCUGAGAGACAACAAAUCUGUCAAGAUAGUCCUAACCAACCUGGUGGCCUUCCUGGUUUGUUUCAUACCCUACCACGUGGCCGCGUUUGUCUACUUCCUGGCCAAAAACUACAAAGAGGACACAGAAAUUUUCCACCUCAGACAGUUUGUCCACAUCAGUAGCACCGUUGGCAGUGUCAACUGUCUGACGGAUGGUUUCUGUUACUACCUCGUCCUGAAGGAGAGCCUGCUUAACGUACAGCGGGAGAGGGGGAGGAUGUCUUCGGCAAACAUGGUGACAACUUCAAAGAGGGAGAGAGGAACAGGUGUAGAUGGACACACGGGUGGCAAGGGAUCAAUAGGACUUGCUAGAUAGAUGUUGCCUGUUACUUAUCAGGGCAGUGAAGACCAGGGUGGAUGGAAGCUUUUCUGUUCCAUCUGUCAGACAGGACACUCAGAACUCCACAGUCCAAAGAGGAGGCCAGUCUCAUGAAACACUCCAAACAAAAUGAAUUACUAGCCAAGGCUUGGAAAACAUGUGUUUACAAAUUAGUCAUCCAACCUUAAGGUUUAUGUUUAAUUGUAUUAUUACUCGCCGAUGUGGCAUUUGUGAUCCAUAGAUGUUCCACAGUAAAUCUCAGAUGGCAUAUUUAACACUAACUGAUUUGAUUAACCCAAAUAUUCUUAAUUAUUCAUAUUGAAUUUAAGCAAAUCAUUCAACAUUGUUUGGAUACUGAACUGUUCAGAUUCAGUCCAUCUACUCUCAAUCUAGACAGCACAAACUUACACUCACCUAAAGGUUUAUUAGGAACACCAUACAAAUACUGUGUUUGACCCUCUUUCGCCUUCAGA